UAAGUUUAGGCGUCCAUAAAUAAGGCCCUUUGGUGCCACCGGCUGUUGCGCGUACAAAAAAGUAGUCCCGGCUAGAAUAAAAACCGGUGCCCCCUCAGUUGGCGGUGGCGCUUCGGUCCCUGCAAAGUUCACCCACUAGGACCUUUCCUACAGACACGGAUCCAGUCAUGUCUAAGUCAAAGGAUUCAGGCUCUUCCAUCAUGAAUACCCAGCAGCUGCAUGCUGCCAUGGCAGACACUUACAUUGAGCACAUGUGUCUGCUAGACAUUGACUCUGAACCUGCAGUGUCUCGCAACACCGGCAUCGUCUGCACAAUCGGGCCUGCCUCCCGAUCUGUGGAUAUGCUGAAGGAAAUGAUCAAAGCUGGGAUGAACAUUGCAAGAAUGAACUUCUCUCAUGGCACACAUGAGUACCAUGCUGAGACCAUCAAGAAUGCCCGUGAGGCCACUGAGAGCUUUGGACCAGGAUCUGUUGAGUACAGGCCUGUGGCCAUCGCUCUGGACACCAAGGGACCAGAAAUCAGGACCGGUCUUAUCAAGGGCAGUGGCACUGCUGAGGUGGAGCUCAAGAAGGGGGAAACCAUCAAGAUCACACUGGAUGACCAGUACAAGGAGAAAUGUGAUGAGAAGACUCUUUGGCUUGACUACAAAAACAUCACCAAGGUUUUGCAGACUGGAAACCACAUCUAUGUUGAUGACGGUCUGAUUUCCCUUAAAGUCAAAGAAAUUGGCAAUGACUACAUCAUGUGUGAGAUUGAGAACGGCGGUAUGCUUGGUAGCAAGAAAGGUGUCAACCUCCCCGGAGCUGCAGUAGACCUGCCUGCCCUGUCUGAGAAGGACUUGCAGGACCUGCAAUUUGGCGUGGAGCAGGGUGUCGACAUGGUCUUCGCCUCUUUCAUCCGUAAGGCUGCUGAUGUUCAGGCUGUCAGGAAAGCACUUGGUGAAAAGGGCAAGGAUAUCAAGAUCAUCAGUAAGCUGGAGAACCACGAGGGCGUGCGCAAAUUUGAUGAAAUCCUGGAAGCUAGCGAUGGCAUCAUGGUUGCUCGUGGAGAUCUGGGCAUUGAAAUCCCAACAGAAAAGGUCUUCCUUGCCCAGAAGAUGAUGACUGGCAGGUGCAACAGGAUCGGCAAGCCCAUCAUCUGUGCCACACAGAUGCUGGAGAGCAUGACCAAGAAGCCCCGUCCUACCCGUGCUGAGGCCAGCGAUGUUGCCAACGCUGUGCUGGACGGCAAUGACUGCGUCAUGCUGAGUGGUGAGACCGCCAAGGGAGACUACCCUCUGGAGUCUGUACGCACACAGCACAUGAUUUCCCGUGAAGCCGAGGCCGCCAUGUUCCACAGGCAGAUGUUUGAGGAGCUGCGUCGCACCUCCCAUUUGACCCGUGACCCCACAGAGAGCGUUGCCAUCGGAGCUGUUGAAGCUUCCUUCAAGUGCUGUGCCAGUGCCAUCAUUGUGCUCACCAAGACUGGAAGGUCUGCAUACAUGCUCUCAAGGUACAGGCCACGUGCUCCCAUCAUCGCCGUGACCCGCUGUGGUCAGACCGCCCGCCAGGCUCACCUGUACCGCGGUGUCUACCCCGUCUUCUACAACAAGCCUGCCAAUGAUGUCUGGGCUGAGGAUGUUGACAUGCGUGUCAACUUUGCCCUGGAAGUUGGCAAGUACCGCAAAUUCUUCAAGUCCGGUGACGUGGCCAUUGUUGUGACCGGCUGGCGCCCAGGCUCCGGUUACACCAACACCAUGAGGAUUGUACUGGUGCCUUAAAUUACGUUAAAGGACAUUUGUAAACACUUUCCCUCUCUCUUUAAUGUAACUCUCCUUCCCUCCGUUUUGGACUACCUGACAUCUUUCACAACAGAGUCCAAACCAGGCUGCUCCUUCAAAGGACUUCACAGACACAAUACCUUUCUCCAACGUGUCCCCAGUAUUGUCUGAAUCCUGCUGCUCUUCUCGUUUUCUCCCAUGUUUCAUGCACAUCUGCCCGUUGGCAAAUUGUGUUAUUCACAGGUUCACUGACUUGAUCCAUUAAAAGCAACUGUUGGA